AUGGAAUCCCAGCAGUUACAAAGAGAAUUUCCUGCCUCUGAGAUUGCAAACGAAUUUGUGAACCAGUAUUACUGUGUUCUAAAUAACUGUCCAGAUAAGAUAUAUCAGUUCUACAAAGAUUGCAGCACUAUCACCCGCCCUGAACCCAAUGGUCAAUUGGUGCAUGUAGAAACCUUAGAAGCUAUGAAAAACAAGAUAGUGUCUAUGCUCAAUGAAGGAAUUGAGGUUAAAAUAGGAAGUGUGGAUUCACAGGAAGCUUUUAAUGAAUCUUAUAUCAUAUUGGUAACUGGAGUCAUAUUAGGGCACGACAAUGUCGAAAGAAAAUUUGCCCAGUCUUUCCUUUUAGCACCACAGGAGAGAGGCUAUUUUGUUCUAAACGAUGCAUUUCGGUAUUUGGAAGAAUCCCAGUACUCAGAAGAAAAAACUUUGUUGGUUAAUGAUGUUUGUGAUGAGCCUUUGCAGGAAGAGAUAGUUCCUGCAAAAAAAAUUCAAGGAUUUGAAUCACAACCUUCUAAAUUGGAAAAUAAACAUGCUACUGAAACUGUUGAGAAAACUACUUCACCACCAGAAGAAACAAGAAAAAUGAGUUUUCUAUCAGUUCUUUUGAAAGAGAACCCACAUCCUAUUCAAAUGCCAACUGUUGUGGUGAAAUUUCCAAUAAAUACCGGACUGAAAGCAAAUGUACCAUCACAAUCCUCGAACUCUAAUUCUACUGUUAGAUCUAGAAAAGCCCCAGUCAAUGAGAACUCAAUCCAUUUAAGAAAUUUGCCAUGGAAUUCUACAAUUACCUUGCUUGAAGAAGAGUUUAAAAAAUAUGGUUCUAUAAAGCCUGGUGGAAUUCAAAUCAGAGCCAACAAGGAAAAAAACUUUUGCUAUGGUUUCAUUGAGUUCCAAUCAUCAACUUCUGUGGACAGUGCUAUAAAGACAUCUCCUAUUGUCAUCUCUGGGCGUCGCGUAUAUGUUGAAAAGAAAAGGUUGGCUGGUUUAAGAGAUUGCCUUAUUGAGGUGGCCCUUCCUUAUUCUAAGGCAAAGAAGGAUGGUGUUGGAGACAACUUCUCUCCUAUAGAGGUGGAGUUGAGUGCUACCAUGCAGAUUGGGAGGUACUGGCGGAUGGUUGGUGUUGUCCUUUUUCUGGACUAUUGGGGUUAUAGAGGAGAUCUUUCUCUUGGAUAUUUAGGUUAUGGGGGCCUGCCAAAACCAUUUUCUCCAGCUAAGCGAAAUGGAUUUUUCUUAAGUUGCUGGACUUUGUUCUAA